AUGGCUGAAGAAAUAGUCCUCCCCAUCCCAAACCUGACCCUCCCACAAGAACACUAUGUUCUACUACAGCCUCCUCUUUCCAAUCUUCACGAACAAUCUCGACGUACCCUCUUGGAAGGCAUACAGGCCGACCAAAUGGCACCCUACUACCGUCUCGUCGCGGCCGCAAACGCAUUGCCCUUAGACCAGUCUCUCCUCGACAAGAUGGAGAAGGAAAAUCUAGAGGAGCUUGAACGGCUAGACAAGAGAUUGAAGGAAGCCGAAGAGAUCGAAGGUGAGAGCGAGAUUGGGGAUGCGCUGCGAGCAAGGGCAAGCUACUUGACGAGAAUCGGGGAAAAGGAUAAAGCAGUUAAGGCGCAACUACUCGCUUUCGAGAAGACACCGGGAGUCGGGUCACGAAUCGACAUUACGCUGACCCUCAUACGCAUUGGGUUCUUCUUUGGCGACAACCAGCUCAUUACCACCUAUCUCUCGAAAGCAGAAGAACUGAUAGAACAAGGUGGAGACUGGGACCGUCUCAAUCGUCUCAAAGUCUACCGCGGCCUUCAUCUUCUAUCCAUUCGCCAAUUCAAGCCCGCGAGUGACCUUUUCAUAGACGCACUUUCCACAUUCACCGCGACCGAGCUGCUUUCCUACAACGACUUUGUCGCGUUGACUGUUAUUGCGGGUGCCCUCACCCUCAAUCGGGUUGAUCUCAAGAAGAAAAUCAUUGCAGCGCCAGAGGUUAACCAGGUUCUCCCCGAGUUACCAACAUUAGCGGACUUAACAAAAAAUCUGUACGACUGCCAUUACGAUAAGUUCUUUGUCGCUCUCGCCACUCUUGAGAAAACCCAUCUCAUUCCAUCCCGCCUCCUCGCACCACAUACACGUUUCUAUGUCCGAGAAAUGCGCAUUUUGGCAUAUACCCAACUCCUUGAAUCCUAUCGCUCCCUCACCCUCGAGAGCCUCAGUGCCGCGUUCGGUGUCAGUGUCGACUUCGUGGACAACGAGCUUUCACGGUUCAUUGCUUCUGGGCGAUUGCAUGCGACGAUCGACAAAGUGCACGGUGUUGUUGAAACAAACCGGCCUGCGAUCAAGAGCGCGCAGUGCGACACUGUCGUUCGCAAAGGGGAUAUUUUGCUCAACAACGUCCAGCGGCUGAGCAAAGUGUUGUAUUAG